UUUCGACAGUCUGCAAGCUACGAUUAUCCAGAUAUUUAAUUUGGUCACGAUGUAGUUAAAUUAAUGGUUUUUACAAUAAAAGGGCAAAAAUGUUUGUUCUCAAGCACUCGAAACGAAGGUUAUAGUAUUUUCGACACCAUAGUUCUAGUUCUUAUCAUCGUCAUCAUUAGUUCAUAUCCUGUCUCUAAGUGGAGUAAUGAAUUCGUGAUGCAGUGCAAUUAUCAAGUCAUAGUUCCAAGUUGGAAGCAACAAUCGAAGGCUGCAGCGGAGUCUAAUUCAUUACUACCUUACUUUUGGGGGUAGCUAUUGCCAGAAGGUUAAACACCGGCCACAGCUGUCAAAGGCUCUUUUUAGUAUUAUCAUCACGAUGAGGCGCAACAUCAAGAUUGUUUUGCUAUUAUCCUGCGCUUGGAUGUUUGGCUUUGUUUACUAUUACCACGCCAUGCGAGACAACAAGAAUGAAAAUAAAGCUCUUCGUUUGAAAGAAUCAGUUACUUCGGGACAAGCGUUAGGAAGUUCUAUGUACGUUGAUGCCGCUAUAGCCGUUCCUGAAGCCGAAACUGUUGCUACCAUUGUUUCUUCGGAAUCCACACGUACUUCAACUACAGAUCUUCGAGUUACUUGGAAUUACUUCGAUGAGCAAAGAUACAUUUCAAGAGGUGGAUUACGAGUCGGAGAAGAUCCAUACGCUAGAAAUAAAUUCAACCAGGAAGCCUCAGAUGGUUUACCAAGCAAUCGAGAUAUCCCGGACACACGCAGUCCAAUGUGUCGAUUGAAACAGUGGCGGCAAAACGUAUCACCAACCUCAGUAAUUAUAACAUUCCAUAAUGAAGCUAGAUCCACUCUGCUCCGAACAAUAGUAAGUGUAUUAAAUAGAAGUCCAGAGCAUUUAAUCAAAGAAAUUAUAUUAGUAGAUGACUUUAGUGAUCAUCCUGAGGAUGGAGAGGAAUUGGCUAAAAUUCAUAAAAUAAAAGUAAUCAGAAAUGAAAAACGCGAGGGUCUUAUGAGAUCAAGAGUGAAAGGAGCCGAUGCUGCGUCGGCAGAAGUACUUACAUUUUUAGAUUCCCAUUGUGAGUGCAAUGUCAACUGGUUAGAGCCGUUACUUGAGCGCGUUGCUGAAGACCCCACUCGAGUAGUUUGCCCCGUUAUCGAUGUCAUAAGCAUGGAUAAUUUCCAAUAUAUAGGUGCUUCAGCUGAUCUAAGGGGUGGGUUUGAUUGGAGUCUUGUGUUUAAGUGGGAGUACUUAAGUCAAGCAGAACGUCAAGUGCGACAAAAAGAUCCAACACAAGCCAUUAGAACACCUAUGAUAGCCGGUGGUCUUUUCGUUAUCAGUAAAGCAUACUUCGAAAAACUUGGAAAAUACGAUACUCAAAUGGAUGUUUGGGGCGGUGAAAAUCUUGAAAUAUCAUUUCGAGUAUGGCAAUGCGGAGGCAGCUUAGAAAUCAUUCCAUGCUCAAGAGUUGGUCAUGUUUUUCGCAAGCGACACCCUUACUCGUUCCCAGGAGGUAGUGGAAACGUUUUCGCACGCAACACUCGACGAGCUGCCGAAGUUUGGAUGGAUGACUAUAAACAGUUUUAUUACAACGCUGUGCCCCUGGCACGCAAUAUACCGUACGGAAACAUUCAAAAUAGAUUAGAAUUGAAACGUCAUUUGCAUUGUAAACCAUUCAGUUGGUAUCUUAAGUAUGUGUACCCUGAGUUGAUAAUUCCAACGAGUGAAGGAGGACCUGGAGGAUCUUUAAAACAAGGUACAGCUUGCUUGGAUAGUAUGGGCCAUCUUUUAGAUGGUAGUGUCGGUCUUUAUCCUUGCCACGAUACUGGCGGUAAUCAAGAAUGGAGUUUAACGAAAGACGGACUUAUAAAGCAUCACGAACUAUGUCUAACACUACCAGUUUACGCGAAAGGAACAACUUUGCUGAUGCAAAUUUGCGAUGGCAGUGAGAACCAACGAUGGCGUUACCUAGAAGGUGGUCUGAUUCGACAUGCUCGUAUUCCUGUGUGCUUGGAUUCACGUCAUCAUGCACAGCGUGGUCUCACUGCCGAGAAGUGUGAUUCAAAUACUGAAAGCCAACACUGGCAUCUUUACAAUCAUGUACGUUAAUUUUGAUAGCUCCAAAGUCGUCAAAAAAAAUAGUUCGCACUGCGGUUCAUAUAAUUCAAUGGCUCUUUUCUCGAUUACUCAACUACCUAAUCAUGUAGAUAGGAAAAAAGUCGUUAUUUUGAAGUAAAUACUAAAAACUCAGAAAAUAAAUUAAGUGUACGUAAAAAAAUUAGUCAUCUCUAGAGUCUUAGGAUUCUAUUUGAUUUCAUCUGUUACUGUAUGUUGAAAUAGAAUUUUUUUUUAUUCAAUUGCAAAAGAUUUGCCAAAAGUCCACGUGAAAGCGUGGGGUCCGUAAGAAAAGUAUUUAUAGUAAGUUUUCUUAGUUUCAAGCCCAUUGGCGGGUACUCCUCUCAACAAUUUUCACUAUAGGGAUCCGGGGCUAGAUAAAUCUCGUUUUCUGCAACUUCAAUUGAAUAUUUUUCUCAAAGACUCUUUUGUUUUUUUCUUAUGAUAUUUUCUAAGGCUUUUUAGAGAAAAAUUUAGAAAAAGUUUCAGAAAACAAAAUUGAAGUGUACGCUGUUCAAACGUAUUUCAAGAAAUUGAUUAAAAUUUUUACGCUAUUUUUGGGUUCUUCUCAAGUUUUGUAAAAAGAAAUUGUACUUUGAUAUGAAAUUAAUUUAUGCAUUUUAUUUAUGAGAGUUUACAAUAAGUAAAUUGUAAAAAAUAAAACCACUAUGAAUGUUUUUCUCUGCAUGGCCCAUGAAUCGUACCUGGACUAUUUUGGUAUUACUAACUGCAGUCUGUACAAAUAAAGAAUUCACUAAUUAUAAAAUUAAAAAUUACUUCCAUGCGCUAAAAUAAUGUUUGGAUUUAAUUUGAUAUGUAAAUAUACAUCUAUUUAAUAUUUAUUUAUUCAUUUUUUUGACUCGUGCGUAAGAUAAAGAAUUAUAAACAUACCUGAGAAACCUGAAUGCUAAAUACAGUAACUGCCGCGUUAGACCGAUGUAUUAGACCGCUAAAUAACAGUAUUGUAAGAAAAAUGAGAAUGUUAUAUAGGAAACAGAUUCGUUGUAAUACGUCUUAUUUUUAUUUUGUAUAAAAAUACAUAAUCAAGUCUUAAGUUCUUUUGAGAAAGAUUCUUCCAAUAAUAAUUUAAGAAAUGUUAAUUC